AUGCAGGUGUUUCUGAGGAGAAACCACACCGACACCUUCGCCAAAGAGAAUAGUUUUAUUUAUGGACGCAGUACGGGCAAUCAACGUAUUGAAUCCUGGUGGGGAAUACUGCGCAAACAAAGCGUUCAGUUCUGGAUGAACAUGUUCAAAGCUCACCAAGACAAUGGCCACUUCUCUGGAGACUUUUUGGAUAAAAGCCUAAUCCAGUUCUGUUUCCUCAACCUCGUUCAGAAAGAAGUGGAUGAAGUGGUGCGAACAUGGAACACCCACAAGAUCAGACCCAGGCCAGGUCAAGAUGUGCAUGGAGGUCGUCCAGUCAUCAUGUACACAGUCCCACAGGUGUACGGUGCUGAGGACAAGCUCGAAACAGUGGACCUUGAGGAGGUGGUUGUGUGCAAGGACGAGUGCACACCCAAGAGUCAGCUCCCUUGUGAUGAGACUGUUUUCGAGCUCUGUUCCGACAAACCCGUUUCCAGGGCACUGUGUGCCUGCCGCCAGUGCAUCUCUGUUGAGGAUGAAGACCCCUGGUUCAUGAAGCGCUUUAACACGUCCAUAUCGCCGCUCUUGUCGCAGGAGAACGCCAUACUUUCGAAGAGCACCUAUUACUGGUGGCAGAGGCUACAGACUAAGCAAAAUGCCAACUACGGAGAUGUGGUGCGGAAACUAUUCAAGGUCGUCCCUGGCAAGGGACACUACAACGACUCAGCGCCCAAUCGCUGCAGGACUUGUGCUGUAGUCGGGAAUUCUGGGAACCUCAACGGAUCCGAUUACGGAUCCAUCAUUGACUCCAAUGACUUCGUCAUAAGAAUGAACAAAGCUCCCAUUUUGGGCUAUGAAAAGGACGUAGGGAACAGAACCACCCAUCGUGUCAUGUACCCAGAAAGUGCCACAAACCUGCAAAAGGACACGAGCCUGCUGCUGAUACCAUUCAAGACUUUGGAUCUGGAGUGGAUCACUAGUGCUCUGACCACAGGCACUGUGAAACGCACCUGGAUGCCGGUGAUGGCCAAGAUUAAUGCAGACAAGCAUAAGGUGUUAAUAUAUAACCCCACGUUCUUAAAGUAUGUCUAUGAUGUGUGGCUUGAACGCCAUGGGAAAUAUCCCUCCAGCGGCUUCUUAACCUUGAUGUUCGCCAUCCACAUAUGUGAUGAGGUGAAUGUUUUUGGAUUUGGAGCAUCCAAGGACAGAACCUGGCAGCAUUACUGGGAGAAAAACAAAUUUAGAAAGUCGGAGCCAACUGGACUGCACGCCGGAGACUAUGAGUCCUUCGUCAUGAAGCUGCUGGCCUGUAAAAAAAAAAUGAAGUUGUUUGAAGGGAGAUGAGGGGAAGCAUUGGCUGUGAAAUGAACACGACCUCCCAAGCAGCCUUAAUAAGCUUUUAUUUUUGGAGGAAAUGGCAAAGGGCCAUGUAAACUUGCUGCUCCGCCAAAAAAUAAUAUUGGAAAUUGCCCGAGGCGAAGGUCAUUACCCCGCUAUCAACAAAAAAAACCUAAUUUUAAACGUGUUUCAAAUGUGACUGUGGUAACUUUAGGGGAGAGCCAGGUUGAAAGUAACAGGGGUGAAAGCACAUUGGUCCCUGUUUAUAGUUUUGCACUUUGUUGCCAAAAGACUGUAAUGUAAUGUAAUGUAAUGUUACUUACUGUAUGUCGGAUGGGGACGUUUUCAUUUUCUACACCAAUGUAUUCAAUUAACCAUUCUAUUAACUGACAAGGAAAUCAAGAUAUUCGUUCUAUCAAUAACUUGGGACAUUUUUAGUUUUAAAUGGAUAUAUAACUUUGCCUGUAUGACUGGUGUACACAUGGUGAAUAUCUGUGAGGGCUAUGUCUCUGUAUGUGAAGUGCCUUAUCAAUGAAAUUCCUAAUGUGUAAGGUUUUGGAUUUGAG